GCGUUAAUGAGAUGCAUGAAAACUGCGUGUAAUGCGGCAGGCGGUUAAAAAACCAAUUCGCAAAUAGGAAGCUUAAGCCGCCUGGGAGCCGGCCAACUCCCCAAACGCGUCAUGGCCAAAACAAAAAGAAAGGAACGAAAAGGAGCCGGCCAAGUCACUUCCUUUGGCCCAAAGUGUGUCACCGAAAUUUGAGCGGCGGGCCAUAAAAUCUCCUGGCGUCAUUGGUUUUGUGGCACUUAAACUGAGCCGAAGGACGAACGAGGAGUGUCCUGCGUGAAAAUCGGAUUCCAACUACUGCAACCACGACUGAAUUUCGCAAAAACGCUGCAACAAUGGAUACGAAAUCAUAGUGAAUGCAUGAGGGCCGGAGAUCGGUUAGCACCCAUGUCAAGCCAUGCAGCAGACCCUCUCGUACUCAUCAUCAUCGCCAUCCCCAUCCCCGAUGCCCAUGCCAUCAGCCUCAGCCGCACAGCCGUCGCCACCGAUCCCGAAUCCGACACCGAAUCUGAACGUGCGUCCAAGUACGAACCCAAUACCACGACCCAGAUCCACUGGAGGCGAGUCGGGGUUCCAGCCGGCCAUCAUCCCGGUUGAUUAUAGCUAUCGCACCCACACCACCCGCUCCAUUCUCUCCGCCCAAUCGAUGGCACCCUCCACGUUCGCCUCCAAUCAGAGCUUUGUGCGCCAGCCCUCGGAGUCGGAUGCCCAGCCGUAUAGUAGCCUCUUUGGGGAUCCGGUUCCACCGCCUCUCCAGCCGGAUGAUUACUUCGGAACAGCAGCCUUUGAGACAUUGCGAAAUGGGUCUGUGGAACUGCCCAGCUCCGAAGAGGAUGCGCUGGUGGCCGCCAUGGCGCUGAACGCACUUAUUCCUGCGGCCAGGGAACGCAUCUUUCCGAGUGUGCCGUAUUCGAGGACUCCCCGAGGAUCCCUCCUGCCGUACCUCCAGCCACCCGACAUCCAAAUCCUGCCCAACUCCAGCGGUGGCUCCAGUUCAGAGCAACUGGGCUCGCCUAACUAUCGGCUCCUGGCUCCUGAUGACAUUCUGAACAAGCCGGACGUUUAUGAUUUGGAGAACGAGGUCGAGGAGUACACCGUAGUCGGUCAGAGAAUGUCUUUCGAUGAUGAGGAAGAUGAGCCGGCGGGGACUCCUAGCCAAGCGCCCGCCAAGUUGAGUGUGUCCAGCAUCACAACGGAGGAUCACAGGGGAUUACUCAGUGACUCCUAUUCGGGGAGGGAUUGGUUCCGUCCGGCGCCACAGCACUUCCCAGAGUUCACACGCAUCCCACGAUUGCGGCCCAGCUCCAAAAUGAUUAUGUCGAUGAAGCAGGAUGAAGGACCUCUCUCUCCGCUGGCCACUAUGAUCCAGGACAUGAACAGCUCGAGCAGCGGCGGAGAGGAGCGAGUGGCACCCAACCAGAGCAGGCCCGUUAGCAGGGACGUUGUACUCUCACCGAAGCAGUAUCUGGAGGAACAGUUGGGUCUGGAGAGAGGCAGCCAGAGGCAGUCGCUGGAGGACUAUAGAAUGCCACCUCCACCGGCUGACCCGCCUCCUUUCCGUAGGACCGACUUGACGGAGCAGGAUGACAACCGGAGUGUGGACCCUGAACAUAGCUUAAAGAGGGAAAUGUCCCCAGUUAUCAUUAGGGAUUCCAUACCUAUGGGCGGAGAUUAUAGAGUGGAGCAACCUCGUCCACACAAAAAGACUGCUUUCACUAUACUUUCCACGGGACAGGUAGCUUCUUCUGCUCCUCGGCAUCCGCAACAAGCUCCCACCAGAGGAAGACACGCCUCCAUCCAGUCGACAUCGACGACUACCUCAUCGCCGGCCGGCAGGCCUCAGAUCAGUCCUCGACGGAGAUCGAUCUUUGGCUCAGAGCCGCGACUGCCUGAGCUGCCCUCCUCGCUGGGUUACACCAGUCACCUCGUCCACCAGACCACGGAUGACUCGCCACGCCCAUCGGUGCAGUUCAAUAUGAGUGGACGCCACAGUCGCAGCAAGCUGGCCAUUCCGCAGAAGGGCAUUCUCCAGCAGCGGGACUCGCUGACCUCCUCCAUCGACACCUUCACGCCCCGAGCCCAAAUAAGAAGGGGAUCCAUUGGCAGGGAUCCAAUCCGCAGCUUGCCCUAUGGCCAAAAGAUCAAGAGCAUGGAAACACUGCCCCUGAUAACAGAUCCGCAUCGCAGCUCCAUUCCCCGCCUUCACUACGGAUCCACCAUGGAUCUGAGCAGGCCGGAACCCGCUGUUUUUCCGCCCGGAGCACUGCCGCGACCACUGAAGCCAAAUCUGAAUCCCACGCGAAGGCAACGCGGUCUCCUGAAGAUCAUUAACAAGGAGGAGUCGCUCGCCCACAACCCGCCGCGUUCCAACUGGUGCAGUUUGGAUGACCUGAGCCGGCCUUCCUUCGAUGGCACUCCCAACCAGGCAAGACGUCGCUCCAGCUCCACCUCACCGGAACGUCGCAGCUCCACGCAAACGGUCUCGGAUCGAAGAAGUUCCAACCUGAGCAGCGUUACCGCCACCACCUCGGAUUUCAGUUUCCGCCGACCCACGCUCUCCACACUGCCAGCAGCUCAGACACUGUCCAGGAUGCGUCGGAAAUCUGUGCAGGCUCUAAGUCCGAAUAGGAUACCCAACAGGAUUCCAAGCUUUGGACAGCGAAGGCAGUCCAUCUAUCAGAGGGAUCAGGAGCCCAAGCCGCUGAGCAGGCACGGAAAGAUCGCCAAGCCGAGCACGCUGUCACCCAUAAUUGGAACCCCAAAUAAGGACAGCAGUUCGGCCCAGAGUCCAAACCACAGAUCCUCGCUAAUGGACGAUGCGGCGGAUACCCCAUCCGAGGUUUCCACGCGGCGGGACUCGGUGUCCCGCAUACCGGUUCGCAAAAGUCCAGACUCACGCUCCAGUUCGCCACCCAAAGACUUUGGAAUUCCUGCCUCUGGACGAAGCUCGCGGGCUAGCAUAACUCGGUCCCCUUCCAGAGCCAUGAAUGCCGGCAGUCGAUCUCCUUCCAGAUCCAUGCAUCCCAGCAGAACGUCCUCGAGGGAGAGUGGAAGACCUGGGGACUCGAGGUCAGCAUCCAGGGGCCCACCUUCUAGGCCUGGUUCCCGAUUGGAUCAGAUCAGUUCUCGAAUGGAUCGGCCCAAUUCACGCUUGGAAAGAUCCGGCUCACGCGCUGAGAGAUCUAGUUCUCGGGCGGAGAGACCCAGUUCUCGUUUGGAUGUGUCCAACUCGCGAGGAAACUCACGUGCAAACUCGCGACUGAGCAUCAACUCCUCCUCGCUGCGAUCGUCCAGCAUUUCACCCGCUACCAUGGCCAGGAAUAGGAGUAUGCGUGCCACAACACCCAGUCGCCGGAAGUCCAUCUCCUUGAGUCCAGCCAGUGCUAUGAUGGGUCGCCGGAAAUCAAUCAGCCCCGAUGCUUUUGCCCAAAACCGAAGAGCUUCUAGUCGGGGUAAGCCCGAGCCUCCAGAGAUUCUAUCUCGAAGGAACUCCCGCUCGCGAAUUCCCACCAGAUCGACUAAAGUUGCCUCCAAGUCCCCGCCGUCUUCGUCCAAGAAGAGAUCGAAAUCGCCGGAGAAACCCAAAGCCUUGGGAACUACGCCCAAGAGCAACAAAGUUGGAAAAGGGGCAACCACUAAGGGAAGCCCCAAAGCGAAGCCCAAGAUCCCUGCAAGUGCCAAACCAAAGACCAAGACGGAAUCCCCGAUGAAACCACCAGCGAAGAAUGCAAAUAAAACUCCUGUAGGUGGUGGACCAACCACAAAUGCAAAAAAGCCAGCCGGCAAGGGAACUUCCACAAAGGAUGCAAAAGUGGAGAAGGGAAAGGAGACUAGGAAGUCUGGAGCCGCCAAAAACAAUGGUAAAGAAACCGAGUCUUCAGUAAAGUCCAGUAAGUCCCAAGUCACAAAAACUAAACCACCUGGGGGAACCACAGCGGAGGCCAAGAAACCAGCCACCACAAAAGCCCAUGGAAUAACGUUAGAGAAAGGGGCAAAUGGAUCCGAUCCCGUCGGAGGAAUUCCUCCUUUGGCUGCUCAGGUGGGCAAUGCAGUCCUGCAGGCGGUGGAAGCGGUUCCAGCGGUUACCAGUGAGGUUACCGUGCCCUCAACGCCAGGAGGUAAAGGUGGCGCCAAUAUGUCGAAACUGGUGCGAAUGAGCUCCAGGAUGAGCCUGCUGAGCAACAAGAGCACCAAGGUGCGAUCAGAUUCUCCUCAAAACCGAAAGGUGGCCACCGUACAGGAACAUGCUACGGAGAAAGAAGAAACAGUGGGAGCUAGCUUGCAGCCCAUGUCCAAUGAUGCUGCUGCUAUUCUGGAAAAGUCGCAGAAAACUCUGGAAAACAUUCAAAAGACCGUCACCGAGGCCACCGAUGAGAUCCACAAGACCAUCAGCGAAAAUCUCACCGAUCUGAAAAGUCUGGAGAACGACCUAGCCGCUGAUCCCUCGCCAACGCCCAGUUCGGGUACCACGAUGGCCAGGCCGGGUGAAUCCGCCUCCCGGACGGGCACAGCCGACGGCAGCAUUGCUCCUCAGAGUUCGGGGGAGCUGCCCAAGUCACCGUUUCCACCCACCCAACCCAUCGAAGCCUCUGUCUCGGUUUUGCAUCCCAAUGAAAGCUCCGCCGAUCGAAUAGCCAGCGUGCCCGAGGUGGAGUGCGAGAGCUCCGAUCUUCCAACGGCCCUAGACGCUUCCGAAUCCGAGCUGGUUGGUAAUGUUAUGCCCACGCCCGAGAGUGGAGCGGACUUCAAAGUGGACGCCAAGCGGCGAUCGCCGGACGGACAGGGAGGAUCCACGGCGGGAAGCGGCGGUCUGGCAAAGAGCAGCAGUCAGGAGUUCCUUGAGGACAAGGAUAAUGUCAAGAAGGGCGGUCUGUGCGGAUGCUGCUCCAAGCUGUUUAUGCCCUGCCGCCGAUCCCGCUGCUCCCGUUGCUGCCGGCGCCGUGAGCGAAACGAAUCCGCCGAGGAUCAGCCCGUCCUGUGGAGCGGCAACAGCAGUGCCACCACGGCCACCAAUGUCCAAGUGAUUGACGAGACCAAGCCGAAGCGUAAGAAGGUAUCGGAUUGGCUAAAGUCCAGCUGCUGCCGGAGCUGUCGCAAGAAACCAGCCACCGAGGAGCACGAAGCACACCAGGAGGAAGUAUCUAAACGGACGAAGCAGGAGGCCAACAUGAGCACGGGACCAAGGACACGAGGCAAGUGCGGCCUCUGUCUGAGCAAGGUGUUCUGCUGUCGAUCGGUGAACAGGGUGGAUCCCACCACCGGCGACGAGACGGAGAUGAAGCAGUGCUGCUUCUGCAUACCAUGUCGUCGAGGCAGUCGACCCAACAAGAAGGGCAGCACCGUCUCCUGGCGGGAUCAAGACCCCGAGCUGGGCAUCAAGCCCACCGAGUCAUCGGUGGUGGAAGGCGCCUCGGAGGCAGCUAUGUCAGCGGCAACCGAUGCAGGGAAUGGCCAAGUUAAGGAGGGCUGCUGCAAGCGCUUCUGGCUGAUGCUGCUCUGCUGCCGCAAGAGGAAGCGCCGCGAGUCCAACGCUAGGAGGCAGAGCAUCAGGGCGCCGCCACCCAGUGAGGACACGCGGAAGAAGCUGCACGUGGACCUGGUGGAGUACUCAUCCAAGAUGAAGGGAGCUAUUCCCGUAUUGCCGCUGUAUCUGGCCUGGUUCUGUGCCUUCUGCAAUGUGGUUUUCCCAGGACUAGGAACCCUGCUCUCCGGACUCUUUUGCCUCUGCGUGGGCAUACCGCGUUUCUCGCAGUUCGACAGCGCUCGUGCAAGGAUCGGAUCCUUCAUCAUCAACAUUAUCGUGGCCGUGUCGCAGUUCUUCUGCGUGCUCUUCUGCUUCGUGGGAUGGGGCUGGUCCAUUUGGUGGGGGACCAUAAUGCUAAGAUGUGCAAAGAAAUUGAGCAAAAUCAAAAAGGUGGAGCGUUUGGAGCUGGAGGAGGAGCAACGCCAGGCGCAACUGGCAGAGGCUGGCAAAAACGGCGUCGCCGAGGCGGACAAGACAUAGUCCUCCGAUCCCGGAUACAACUAAGUUGCUUUUUAUACCAUUGUGUACAUACUUUUGUACAAAACAUGUAGAUUUCACAAGACAUGCACUUCCACAUGAACUUCCAGGUUAAGCAAAACGGAACAGAACUUCCCUUAAACAUGAGAUACAUACGUGUAUAUGUAUUAAAAUCAUUAAACUUCCA